GUUCCUUCCUCAUAUUAUCAUGAGGGCAUGCGCACACACAAGACGCACACAUAAGUAAAAACAAAAAGAUUUGUCCGAAGGAGGAUGGUUUCAAUUUUUAUCGCAAGGAGCGGAAGUUCACCUGCUACAUUGGAUACCCACGCCAACAUCAACAACCCGCCUUCAAUCAAAUUUCAGACGCACCAGAGAACACCCCAGAGAACGCAACCAGUUUCAUGGAUCAGCAUCAGCGCCCACGCCUCCCCUUCCAGCGGCUUACUCCAGCUCAGGAGAGAAACGCGAAGUUCCAUAAAGCACAUGAACAUGUGCACUCUUGUGCCAAAACAAACGAGCUGGGCAUCCAGCAAAUCCACCUCGAUGCCAUCUGCCCGUUAGGUCGGCCUUGUUCCUACCAAAAGUGCGGCCACGGUGCCCAGCACCUCCAGUUUGUGCCGUGUGCAGCCACGUUCGAGACCAACAAACAAAUGAGAGAACAUUACCGUACACAUGUAAGGACAAUGACAAAGACUCUACCCGAUAGAACGAAGGAGCUGAGCUGUUUCUUCGGCUCUUGCGCCAGCAACCCGGAAGGAGGCAGGCUCAACAGAGGGGGGCCUACCUUCUCUACAGAGGAGGACAGACUCGCCCACAUGUGGGAAGUCCAUCAAGUCUACGCCAAAUGGACGGCCAACGUCGAAUUGUGUAACUAUUGUCAUACAUGGCUUUCAGAGCCAUAUGAAUGGCGUAAGCAUGCGCCAACCCACAUCACCGAGGCAGCAACCAUCAUCGAGCAACAUGGCUACAGCGGAGUGACCACCGGGCGCACCCUCAUGCCCCGGAUUUGCCCGUUCUGCUACCACGACGAAACUAAGCCAGCUCACCAACGUGUGUAUUGCCACGAACGGCAAGGUUAUCCUAAACACAUUGGUGUCCAUUUCGUUGAUAUGGAUAGGACAAAGAAGACGCGGAGAUGCCCAUGCUUUCCAACGUUCUGCAGCUCCCAAAACGAAAUGGACAACUCCGAAAUUGCUGCUUCAUUUGAAGCAUGUUCAUCAUAUCGAAGCUGAUAGGCGUAACCGCUGAUCGACCUGUCAAGCUCUCCGAGGCACUAUCCGG